AUUUUGCAACAACAUCACAUAAAAAAGCUUAGUUUAAUCCCAAAAAGAAGAACCCUGUUCCUCACUCUCUCAUACUAGUUUCAACCUUUUUGUUCUUCCUUUCACACCAUUUCUUUAUCCUUCAAUCAAGACAAGGUUGGAGACAACCAUAGCCCUCUCUGCUUGCAUUUCUCUCUCUAUGAGCUGAAACAUACAAUAAAGUGUGUUUGGGCCACUUCUGCUUUACCAAGCUGAGGGAACAGAACAGAAGGUUUAUUACCAUCAAUAUCAUUCAUUGCUGUCAUGGGCUUCAAGCUCAAAACAUGGAAUGUGCUAGUGUUGUUUGUGCUUGCAUGUUCUCUGCUUGGUCAUGCUGCAGCUUCUGUGUCCUAUGACCAUAAAGCAAUCACCAUCAAUGGACAAAGAAGGAUACUGCUUUCUGGGUCCAUUCACUACCCCAGAAGUACACCUGAGAUGUGGCCAGAUCUUAUCCAAAAGGCUAAGGAAGGAGGUUUGGAUGUGAUUCAGACUUAUGUUUUCUGGAAUGGUCAUGAACCUUCACAGGGCAAGUACUAUUUUGAGGGUAACUAUGAUUUGGUCAAGUUCAUAAAGCUGGUGCAGCAAGCUGGCCUCUAUGUUCACCUGAGAAUUGGUCCUUAUGUCUGUGCUGAGUGGAAUUUUGGUGGUUUCCCUGUGUGGCUCAAGUAUGUUCCAGGUAUCAGCUUCAGAACAGACAAUGGGCCAUUUAAGUAUCAAAUGCAAAGGUUUACCAACAAGAUUGUCAAUAUGAUGAAGGCGGAAAGGUUAUACGAGACUCAGGGUGGUCCAAUUAUUCUAUCCCAGAUUGAAAAUGAAUAUGGACCUAUGGAGUACGAAAUCGGCUCUCCUGGUAAAGCCUACUCUCAGUGGGCAGCAAGUAUGGCUAUAGGACUUGGUACUGGGGUUCCAUGGGUUAUGUGCAAGCAAGAUGAUGCUCCUGAUCCUAUUAUUAACACUUGCAACGGCUUCUAUUGUGAUUAUUUCUCUCCAAAUAAGGCUUACAAACCAAAGAUGUGGACAGAAGCUUGGACUGGCUGGUAUACUGAGUUUGGAGGUCCUGUUCCUCAUAGACCAGCUGAGGACUUGGCAUUUUCAGUUGCAAGAUUCAUACAGAAAGGAGGAUCAUUUGUCAAUUAUUACAUGUAUCAUGGGGGAACAAAUUUUGGUAGAACUGCUGGUGGACCCUUUAUUGCCACGAGCUAUGAUUAUGAUGCACCUCUUGAUGAAUACGGACUUCUCCAGCAACCUAAGUGGGGUCAUUUGAAGGAUUUACACAGAGCAAUAAAGCUUUGCGAACCUGCUUUAGUUUCUGGAGAUCCCACUGUAACUCGACUUGGAAACUAUGGAGAGGCCCAUGUUUUUAAAUCAAAGUCUGGAGCUUGUGCUGCAUUCCUUGCAAAUUACAACCCAAAAUCCUAUGCAACAGUGGUGUUUGGGAAUCAGCAUUACAACUUACCUCCUUGGUCUAUAAGCAUUCUUCCUAACUGCAAGCACACUGUUUAUAACACAGCAAGGGUUGGUUCCCAAAGCACACAGAUGAAGAUGACCCGUGUUCCUAUUCAUGGAGGACUCUCUUGGAGAUCAUUUAAUGAAGAGACAACCACUACUGAUGAUAGUUCCUUCACUGUGACUGGCCUGUUGGAGCAGAUAAAUGCAACCAGAGAUUUAUCUGACUACUUGUGGUACUCCACAGAUGUUGUGAUCAAUCCCAAUGAAGGAUUUUUUAGGAAUGGAAAGAAUCCUUUUCUCACAGUAUUAUCUGCUGGGCAUGCUUUGCAUGUUUUUGUCAAUGGUCAGCUAUCUGGCACUGCAUAUGGAAGCUUAGAAUUCCCCAAACUAACCUUUAGUGAGGGUGUGAAGCUUAGAGCUGGUGUUAACAAAAUCUCCCUUCUAAGUGUUGCAGUUGGUCUUCCGAAUGUUGGUCCACAUUUUGAAACAUGGAAUGCUGGUGUUCUUGGCCCAAUUACAUUAAAUGGUCUCAAUGAGGGGAGAAGGGACUUAACAUGGCAGAAGUGGUCAUACAAGAUUGGUCUUAAAGGUGAAUCCUUGAGUCUUCAUUCUCUCAGUGGGAGUUCCUCUGUUGAGUGGAUUCAAGGGUAUUUAGUUUCCCGAAGGCAGCCAUUGACUUGGUACAAAACUACUUUUGAUGCCCCGGCCGGAGUUGCACCGUUGGCUUUAGACAUGGAAAGCAUGGGCAAAGGUCAAGUGUGGAUAAAUGGACAGAGUCUCGGUCGCUACUGGCCAGCGUAUAAAGCAUCCGGUUCUUGUGAUUACUGCAACUAUGCAGGAACUUAUCAUGAGAAGAAAUGUGGAAGUAACUGCGGCGAGGCUUCUCAGCGUUGGUACCAUGUUCCACAUUCAUGGCUGAAGCCAACUGGAAACUUAUUGGUUGUGUUUGAGGAAUUGGGUGGGGAUCCCAAUGGGAUCUCUUUGGUUAGAAGGGAUAUAGAUAGUGCCUGUGCUGAUAUUUAUGAGUGGCAGCCUAAUCUUGUAAGUUAUCAGAUGCAAGCUUCUGGAAAAGUCAGCGCACCUGUGAGACCAAAAGCACAUUUGUCAUGUGGUCCAGGACAAAAAAUCUCAUCAAUCAAAUUCGCUAGCUUCGGCACUCCGGUAGGGUCUUGCGGCAACUAUCAUGAAGGAAGCUGUCAUGCUCACAAGUCAUAUGAUGCCUUUGAAAGGAGUUGUGUUGGACAAAACCAGUGUGCAGUGACAGUGGCCCCUGAAAUUUUUGGAGGAGAUCCAUGUCCAAAUGUCAUGAAGAAACUCUCAGUGGAGGCCGUAUGCACUUGAUCAUUUUCAACCUCAGAAAAUAAAUGGAAUAAAGUUUCCAAGUUGUUUUUCUUUUCCUGCAAUUCAACCCAAGGUUUUGGUGUCAACUAAGUUUCUACUUCUAGAUCACCACAAGCAUUGAUUUGGCUUUUACCAAGGUGAAGUUGCAAAUGAACACAACACACCUUCUGGUUGAAAAGCCUAUAGGGAUUGCUGGGAUGAUUGUGUUUUAUGUGUACAUAUGUAUUGGUGUUGAGCCUGUUAUACAAAGGUGAGGUGAAGGAAGGUGAAAAGUUGCUUGUUCCACAUUGAGACGACAUAGAUUGAGUCCAUGUGCAAAUUGGUUUUUUAUUUGUGUGGAAGCCUCUUGCUUCUUGUAAUAUUAUAAUUUUCCCUUGGAGAUGGGUGGAGAGAGCAAUUCAGUUACUCUCCUUUUAAGAAACCUUACAAUGUAAUAAGAUCAACUAUCAAGCAUGCUUAAUUCAGUCAUGUUUUUCUUUCAA